AUGGACAAACAUAGCUCUUCACGCAGUGGUGCUGCUGAUGAGGCAAAGAUCCGGCCACCGCACGCCUCCACCAAGCCAUUGACCAAGCCGACUGCACCGAGACUCUCUACCAGCACCCGUCCUACUAUAGCCUCCUCUGCGGCCAAGUCCAUCGGCGGAGGUUCUUUGAGCAAACCCCCGGCACGCCCAACUUCUGCAACCACCACCGUCCGAAGACCCCCUAGCGCAACUGCGACUGCGACUCCUACAACAGCAGCACACCGUCCGAGACCAUCGGUGACCUCGGUGACCUCGGUGGACGAGCGGCCGUCGAGUGACGAGAAGAGCAAGGCUGGUAUAUCCGCGCGGCCCAAGAGGGCGUCGCUGGCACCGUCGACCAGUGCCGACCGCACAUCGACCUUGAGGAGUGUCGCCGCAACACCUGCCCGCCGUACGACCAUUGCCCCCUCCACUUCGACUCGGCAGAGCAUCGCGAGUCCAACUGGUGCCCGCAAAGUGCCCUCCACUCCGGGUAUCUCACGGACUACUUCUACUAGUACCGUCGCUCCUCGGUCGAGACCGUUAACCUCCUCCAUUUCAAGGAACGUCGGUGCCGUCGCACAAGCCGAGAAGAAGCGCCUGAGCACAAUCCCUGCCUCUCCCGCAGUCAAGACAGAUGGCGAGGAGCCAGAGGAGAACAAGGAGAAUGCAGCAGCGCACGGGGAAGAAGACGAAGAGCAGAAAGCUCCUGUGCGUCCUUCUUUGGGGUCAAGGCAGUCGACACGGUCCGUCUUGAUCGAACAGAAGAUCCGCGAGUUUGAGUUGGUAAACACAAUGCUCCAGGCUGCCAUGACUGCUGAUGGGGCAGAUGGCGAAGAAAAAGAGUCCAUCAACCAAGAAGCCUCGUCCAUAAUUGCAAAGCUAAAGUCGGACCUCGUCAAGGUGCGGGAGUUUGAGCGGGACAAUGGACGGUUGCCGACAGAGGCAGAGCUCGACGAAGCCGAGUCCGUCAAGGAAGACUCAGAAUCUAAAUCACCCGUUGAGGAGGACAGGGGUCUGGGUGCAAGCGCCGACGGUUCUGUUGUGACAGAGUUGCAGAAUGAGCUGACUCAAAGCAAGGCUUACGCCGAGGCCCUCCAGCGUGAAUUGAUCGACCUGAAGACCAAAGUCGAGGAAUCCAACCGGAGCGCAGAAGAAGAGGGCCGUCGUGUGCAAGAGGCUACCGAGACAGUCCGUGCCGAGCAUGUUGCGAAGAUUGAGGAGCUGACUUCACUCCACGCGGACAGAGUUCAGGAGUUGGAAGCCUCCCAUCAGAAAACGUUACAAGAGUUGCGCGACAGUCAGCAGUCCGGGGCUCAGUCGUUGGAGGAGACAAUUUCUCAACAUCUGGCGGUAAAAGAAUCCGAGGUUGCAAAACUUAGAUCUGAGUUGGACGAAGUGCGCAAUGCUGCUGCCGUGAGCAGCUCCUCGAAGGAGGCUGAAGUUGAGAAGCUGAUGGCCGAAUUGGAGGCGUUGCGUAUUGCCACCGCCAAAGACCAAGCGGCAAAGGAGGCUGAGAUUGAAACGCUCAAACUCAACCUGGAGUCAAAGAAGAUCGAAUCCGAGACGGCCAGCCAAGCUGCACCCUCCCCUAGCUCGUCCCCGGCCCCGGCUCCGGCUCAUGCCCAAGAGCUUGCCGAUGCUCAGCAGAAACUUGAAGCUGCUAAGGCUAGGCACCUGGCGGCGAAAGAUAACGCAAAGUCUAAGAUUGCUAGGUUACAAGAAGAGUUUGACCACAAGGUCACCGCGCUAGAGGAACAGCACAAAGAGCAGAUGGGGCAAGUCCAGGACAGACUGGGCCAAACGGAAAACGAGGUCUCCAAGAAGCAGAAAGAACUCGCUCAGCAGCAGGAGGAAUAUGCAAAGAUUUCCGAUGAGAUGGCACGCCAGAGUCAGGUCAUCCAAGUGCUGAAGAGCCAGGUCCUCGACUUCCAGCAGGCCAGUAAAGUUGAAAGUGAUGCGCAGACCGCUUUGAUAACCCAGCUUCAGGAAGAGCUCCAGGGGUUGGGACAGGAAAAGGCUGAUCAGGCGGCGGCCGCGGCUGCGGCUCUUGCAGCUGCUGAAAAGGCAUAUGCCGAAAAGAUUCAGGAGAUUGAAAAUCGGUUGAAUCGGGCGCAAGAGGAACUGAAGCAGGCCGAGGCUCUGCACGAGAAUAAGCUACAAGAAGCACUGCAAAAUUCGGCCGACAACCUGAAGGCAGCGAAGGUAGAGCUUGAAAGCUCCACAGCGUCACACGCCGACAGGGUCCAAGCCAUCGAAGCAGAGCUGCAAAAGGCCAAUGAGUCAGUCAUAGGAAAACAGGCCGAACAUGAGCAGGCACUGUCAGCAUUGCAGAAUCAGCUUGACGCCGCAAGACUUGCUCUUGAUGAAGCUGUCAAAAAACACGAAGCUGUAUUGAAGGAACAUGAAUCAACGCGCACGGCUGCGGAGGUGCGAACGGCUGAGUUGAAAUCCGCCCACGAGAAGGAGGUCGACCAACUCCGGGCUGAGUACCAAACGAAGCAGGAGGAAGAAAUCGCGGCCUUGAAAGAGAGCCACAUCCAGCAAAUUCAACAGCUCGAACAGAAAAUCCAUUCGUCUGAAAAGGAAGUGGCUGCGGCCAAGGAAAACCACGCCACCCAAAUCAAGCAAUUGGAGCAACAGAUGAAGGCGUCGCUGGCAGAUCUAGAGACGCUUGAAGCCGGACAUAUCGAAGAACUCAAUCAGGUGAAAGUAGAAGCUGAAGCAUUGCAGCAAAAGGCGGCCGAAGAGGCAGAGUUGAAGCAUACCGAGAGAGUGCGGCAGCUGGAGCACCAGCUCAACACCACUGAAGCGGAGCUGUCCAAGGCUCGAUCGACGCACGCCAAACAGCUUGAAGACCUCGACAGGCGGAAUGACCUGGAUCAAGCGAGUGCCCUGGCCGCUCUCAAGGAGUCUCAUUCCAGCAUCGUCAGCGAUCUCCAGGACCAAUUGAGAGCUGCACAGGAGGCGAUUGAAAAGGCCGAGACUGAGCAUGCAGACCGACUCAAGCAAUCGGAAGCACAGCUCACAUCUCGCCACACCGAAGAGCUCGACUUGCUUAGAGCAAGCCAUGCCCAAGAGCUCGAAAAGAUCGAGAGCAAAGCCAAACUGAAUGGUGAGCAAGCCCUGGAGGAAGCACGGUCACGUCUGCUCGAGGAGAACCGUCAACUAGAAGCGCAAUCGAAAUCGCUUCAGGGAGAUCUGGACGUGACGAGAUUCCAGAUUCAAAGCUUGAAAGGGAUCCUCCGCUCUAUGGAAGAAGAGAGCAAGGAAAAAGACCAAGAGCAUGCCGAUAGUAUUGAGAAGUUGGAACAAGAUCUGUCCAUGUCGGUUGUGAAAUUGGCCGAGCAAUCCAGCCGAAUGAUGCAUCUUCAAAUGACACACGAUCAAGCGUUGGCAGAGGCAAAGAAGGCUUGGGAGAGCGAGUCCCAACAAAACUUGGAGAGUCUGCGAGCCGAUCAUGACAAGGCGUUGGCGGAAUCGCGGAGGAAUCUGGAGAACGAGCAUCAGCAGUUGACGGAGAAGAUUCAAGAUGAACAUGCCAAAUCCGUCCAAGCGAGCCAGAGCAGCCACCAAUCUCAACAUGAUGAACUUCGGCAACAGCUGAAGCAAGACUAUGACAGCCAACUUGACGAGGUGUUGAAGACGUUGGAGAAUCAGUGGAAGGCCCAAGUAGACCUCCUCGAGGAUCAAAAUGCGGCCGCUAGCGCCCGCCUCGCACAAACUCUCAAAGACCACGAGGAGGCGCUGCAAGCCACCCGAUCGGAGCAUGACGCCACCAUCGCCAAACUGCAGUCUCAACUACAAGAAGCCCGCGGCGCAAUCGAGGACACGACCCAGCUGGAGGGGGUGCGAAGUCAACUGGUCGAGGUGCAAGCCCAGCUCGGGGACAUCAGCCAGAAACACGCCGAAGCGAUGAGCGUGAUCCAGGAUCGAGAGUCCACUUUGGCUGUGCUAAAAGAUGAGCUCGCAGCCACACAAACAGCAUUAGAGCAAAGACGGGACUCGGCAGAGGUGGAGGAGCUCAACAGCAAAUAUAUCGCGGCUCAAAAGGCUCUCGAAGAAUCGCGCGAAAAACAUGCUCAAGCGGUUCGCGAUAUUAAAGCUGGAUAUGACGCUAAACUCGAGAAACUGCUCACCGAGCUCAAUGUUGCAAAGGAAGCCGCUGAAGGUGCACAGGUGCCCUCGAGCGAUCAAACGGAGCUGGAAGCUGUCACUGCUCGUCUGGGCGAUGCAAAGAAGACCAUUGCCUCGCUACAGGCCGACUUAGAUGGGGCUAUGCUGGAAGUUGAAACGCAACGCAACCUGGCAGAGGAGUCUCAAAAGGAGGUGGAGCAACUCAAGCAGGUUCAGAAGCAGGCCGAGGUCAUCAGCCUCCCGAGUCCCAAGCCACGACGAAAGAGCCGGAGCCCAAGGCGAAAAUCGAUGAAUCCGUUAUCACCAGGACCAGGGGCUUCCAAACUAGGUCUUGAAUCUAGCAAGUGGGCCACCGAGGGGGACAAGGACAAGGAUGGCGUUUCGAGUGACGCUGGGAAAGGUGGUAACGAUGAGGCCAACCCGGCCGCCGAACCGAUACCGACACCGACACCAGACACUCCAGGCCGGCACCCUCACUCUGGCACGAUGGGCAAACGCAACGUCGCCGGACAGCUGGCCGGCAUUCAGGAACAGAUCAAACAAUUGGAUGAUCUAAGCGAGGACUUUCUGGAAGACCACCAGAAGAUGGCCAGCAUGUUGAAUCGAGUGGAUGAUGGCACCAGCACCAGUACCAGCACGAUCCAAGUCGAGGAGGACGCAUCUGAGGAGUGA